ACUAACAUGAUACCGUGUCUCUUCUCUCUCUCUCCAAAAUAAUGCACGGCGGGUUUCAGUAGCUCCAUGGCUGCUCGCUUCUCCAAUUCCCCAUUUCUCAGGCCAUGAACUCGUCCAUGUUUACAUCCUAACAAGCACCUUCUUCCUCUUGCUUCCCCACCUGACCGGCACCUCGUCUCUUUCUCUCUAUCCCCAAAUACCUGUGUCAUCUUUAUCUGUGUGCAAUCCCAACCAAUCCCGAAAAUCUUCUUCUUCUUCUUCCCCAUUUACUGUCACCAUCCCUAGUAACAGACCGUUUUCUCUCCCUAUCUCUCUCUCUUUCUCUCCAUGGAAAGGUCUACGAGCACCAGCACGACGACCACCAACAUAAGCAUCACCACGGCCUCGUCCCCCACCACGUUCGUCCAAGCCGACGCCCACACCUUCAAGGAGCUGGUUCAGAAGCUCACGGGCGCCAACGACGACUCCCAGGAGAAGCUGCCCGUCACCGUCCCGGCGAGGCUCGCCAACAGGGUCAACAAUGCGGCGGCGGCGCCCGGCGACGUUGGCCCCCGGCGGCCGGCCUUCAAGCUCCACGAGAGGCGGCAGGGCUUAAGGAAGCUCGAUAUCAAGCUCGGCAUCGCGGCGCUCCGGCCGCCCCACCCUUCCCCUCGAUCUCAGCAGCUUCUUCUCUCCCCCACCACCGCCUUCUCUGACCUCUCCCUCUCCAGCCCCGUCACUCCUCUGGAUCCUUUCGAGAACGGACUCUACAGCCCGAAUUCCGGCUGCUUCCGCCGGAUCGCGAGCCCCAGCUCUGGCAGCGAGUCGUCGUCGCCGCCAGGGCCCAACGCAGCGGUAUCGGAAGAGGAGAAGGCCAUCGCGGAGAAAGGGUUCUACCUCCAUCCCUCCCCACUCAACACCCCUAGAGGCGCCGAGCCGGAAUUGCUACCGUUGUUCCCCUUACAGUCCCCCAGACAAUCUUCUUCCUCCUCUUCUUUUCUUGCCUCUUCUGUGCCUAACUAAGUGGUCAUUUGCUUUGAAAUGGGUAUGCCUCUUUCUCUCUGUCUCUUUCUCUCUCUCUGUGCCGAGGUCUUUGGAAGAGAAUCGCAUAGUCAUCUUGAAUGUCUCAAACCAAUUGAACUCAACCUUUUAGAUUCAUCCCUUGCCUUCCACAUCUUGACUAAUAUCUGAAGUCCUUUGUUCGGAGAUGGGACUCUGAUGAGCUCCUCUUUAAGGCUUUGAUUGUUGAUGUACUUGACUGUUGAGCAACCUUUGUGCUUGGAUUUUUGAGGGCUAUCAAUCACAAUGUUCUUCAUCUCUUUAUGAGUUUA